GUAUCCAUGGAGAGCGCUGUCGUGACGUAAGCAACAGGUUGAACGGAGCCCCUCGCGGACGCCCAGUGCCCGCACUUCUGUUGUUUCCCUGUCCGGAGCUCGCGCGGCAGCAUCAUCAUCAGCGGCACACGCGGAGCCGACUGCGUGCAUGUGUGUGAGGCUGCGCUGCUGCACGAGACCACUGCAGCAUUCGGCUGGUGCCUCAGAACCCAUUUUAAAAACUAAAGGCUCAAAACGAGACGGAGAAAACGGACAGCGGCGGGAAAACUGACGUCCUUCAGGUAAAGAGUUUGGUGGCCAAAAAUCCAGCUGUUCCCCUCUCGCUGUCCUACAUGUCUUCUCUCCUUUUCUGUCUCUCCCUGUGAUGCUGGGCUGGGGCUGACUGUAUGCCCGUGACCAGACUGAAGCUGGGGAAGCUAAAGGUGGUGCGGCGGCAGCUGCUGCAAAGGUAUGAACACCAGCCAUUUGUCUCCUGCCUGGCUGGCCUCUACGGCUGCCAAUGGAGACGAUACCAAAGAGCCCGGGCACAGCCGGGAGAGUGCUGCUGCAGCAAGGUGGAGUGUGGCAGCUUUGGCCUCCUGAUCCUCACCUUUUUCCUGAGUUUUGUGUUCCUCUAUUUCUGGAGUGAAGCCCAGAACGACUACAGUGACUUUGACUGGUUUAACUUUGGGAAUCUUGGGUUCUGGUUCCCCUGGUCUCUGGUCCUGCUGAUUGUUGCUGCGGCUCUCUUCACAUACAUCUCUCUGCUAUUGGUGCUGGCGGUGUGUUUGCUUUCUGAGGGCCAGAGGUUGUACCUUCACUGGAGCCACAAGUCUGGUAUUGUGGUGACGCUGGCGUUCUCCGUCACAGCCACCGCCAUCCUCUCUGACCUCUGGAGCAAAGAAUGGAAGACUCUCCUCCUCUCUCUGCAGGUCACAGCACCUUACCUACAUGUGGCUGCAGUGUCAUUGAUGGCGAUUCUUUCCUGGCCAAUAGCAUUACAUUUCUUUCGCAUGAACAAGAAAGUCCGUCAGGUGGCCGUCCUGGGACUCUUUCUGUCUGUGCUGUUCUCGCUCUACUUGGUUCCUCUGGGAAUGUACUCGCCCUGCAUCAAAGAGGCGGGAACUCUGGGACCUGCCCCUACUCUCAUUGGGCACAGAGGAGCUCCAAUGCUCGCUCCGGAGAACACUGUGAUGUCUUUUGAGAAGGCAGUGGAAGCUGGAGGAGAAGGACUGGAGACUGAUGUCACCAUCAGUUUUGAUGGCGUUCCCUUCCUGAUGCACGACUCCACCCUGAAGAGGACCACUAACAUCGCGGAGGUUUUCCCAAACAGGACACACCUCGACGCCUCCAUGUUCACUUGGACCGAGCUGCAGCAGUUGAACGCUGGUGAUUGGUUCUUAUCGAGGGAUCCGUUUGGCACCGUGUCAUCCCUCUCUGCGGCAGACCGCUCCCAGGCCCAGAACCAGUCUAUUCCCUCACUGGUCCAGUUCCUGGAGGUAGCGGCCCGAAGUGGUAGACUCGUGCUGUUCGACCUGCGCAGGCCACCGCUUGGACACCCAUACAGUCUGUCAUACAUCAACACCACUCUACAGGUGGUACAUGCCCACAUCAACUCCUCGCAGGUCCUGUGGCUGCCAUCUGAAGACAGGGACCAGGUCCAGGCUGUGGACCCACACCUGCAGCAGACCUCUGGAGAAAAGGCUUCUAUCCAGGAGUUGACAGACGGACACAUCACCAGACUGAACCUGCACUACAGCACCAUGUCUCAGCAACAGAUCCGAAAGUACCAGUCAGUGAACAUCAGCACUAACCUGUAUGUGAUCAGCCAGCCUUGGCUCUACACACUGGCCUGGUGUGCUGGAGCGCAGUCCGUGACCACCAACUCCAUCCACAUCCUGUCCAACAUCAACAAGCCGCUGUUCCUGAUGACCCCAGAGGAAUAUAGUCUGAUGUGGAUUCUUACUGAUGUGGUGUCAGCCUUCCUCAUCACUGCAAUUUUCAUAUUCCACUGGUGGAGAGAGCGAGGCCUGCCCUUCUGGUCCGGCAGCCGGCAGACUCACGAGAAUGGACCAUACAGCAAGUUCAGGACAGAGCUCAGCGAUGUUUGGUCCAUCUCCAGCGUCACUGUCCGGCCUGAUUUACGGAGCAUGCCUACUUCACCCAGCACCCCUCACCUGCCCACCAUCACAGAGGAGUGAGAGGGAGGGAGAUUAAAAAAGGAAGGUGCAAGUCAGGAAAGGACAGAUAAGAGAUGGAAAAAGUCCUUGUUGAGAGUGUGAUGAAGGCCUGUCAAACUCUCUGAUCUUAAGCUUUUGUUAUUUAAUUAUUGUUGCUUAUAAUAGUCAGUCUAUUACUUAGCAUCAGUUUAACACCCACAAAAUCGAUGUGGAUUGAUGGGACUUGACAGACAGUGUGAGCAGCCAACACAGCAUUUGUCUUCACAUUUUGAUGGAAAACUCCGAGCAGUGCACAGAAAUUUGUGACACCACCUUUUAACAAACAAAUGAAAACUAAAAAUGUUUGGAAGUCAUGACAGAGAGAGCAGAAAGUAGACGGCACACUCUAUUCUCCAUCUGUCAUCCUCUCGGUCUGUGGGUGGGCCGCCUGUGGAAGACGAACAGCUGGAAAUAAAAAGCCUUCAUUCAUUUCCCAUCAGAGAUGAAGCAAAUGGACUGUGGACACGCGCCCUGGGGUGUCCGUUUCCAUACUGUAAUCUCAUGAUGCCAUUAAAUUCCUCAAAGUGAGGACAGUUAAAGACGAGACCAGAGGAUGAGGACGUUUUCAUUUCUGGUCAUUCGGCACGGUGAACGAACAAAAUAAUGAACGUCUGCAGCUGCAGUGAUCCAUCAGUCACCUUUGUGCGUCUGCUCGCUGAUGAAGGACCAAAUGUUGAUCAGAGACGCUCUGUGAUAAACUGUAAACACAGAAGAAAUGAAAUGGACUCUUACAUAUGAGCUGUGCUUUUUCAUUUUCAGCUGUACAGACAUCAGGUGCAUCAGACAAAAACCUUAAACCAUGUCUUAAAUGAUCAUUUGUGUGUCUGAAUUGCUAGAUUCAGUGUGUGAACUCGACACUGUUGGACUGACAGAAUGAAUGUAAACCAAAGGCUCGGGAAGGGUACAGUUCAUCUGUGUACUAAAGUGAAUGUAAUAUUAAGUUUCCAAAAAGUAUGCAGAUUUUUGGCUGUAUGUCCAACAUGACAUUUUUCCCAGGGUCAGAUCUCAGUUUUACCACCGUGGGGAAAAAGUCAUUUAAAUUAGUUUAUAUAUACAUAUAUCUCUAUAUAUUGCUGGUUAGCUUAAUCUAUAAGUACUAUAGCAUAAUUAAUCAGUAGGUUUAUUUUUUUAUAGUAAUAGUCUAAACCUGCAAUUAAUAACUAGAGCUUUAAGAUAAAUGUAGUGGUUUAAACGUCCUACUGUAGGCUCCCCCUGCAUGCUGCAGGCAUCACUGCUCGAGAGAGACGGCGGCUGCUGUCAGCCUGCAGAGGUUUACAAGGAAUCUGCAAAAUGUAAUGAUGGUGACAAACUAAACAUUCAGUUUGUCUGCAUCCAAUCAGCUUUUGUUUUAUCUUCUUAUUUCAGUCGCUCUGUCACCGUGUCAAACACAGCUGGCGGUGGAUGGUACCAGGUGUGAAGUUAGUUUUGUAGAUCAAGGACUCUCAUUGGCUUUUUACCUGUACUGGUUUUGAAUGUGAUUGGGUCAACGUGCCACUCACAGCCCUUCAUCUUUGCUGUGUGUGUGUGUGUGUGUGUGUGUGUGUGUGUGUGUGUGUGUGUGUGUGUGUGUCUUUUACAGUUUAUGGAUCCAUCAGUUUGCUGGGGUCCACUUUGGUCCAGGUGAUGUAAAUUUUCUUAUCUGAUAUAAAGCAGGAGUCUCCGUGUGGAGGCCUGCGGGGGCGGUUGGGCAGACUUUGAGCAGACUUCAGACAUUAUGAAUGAACACCGCUCUGUGAUGUCUGCAGCUGACUGUGUAUAUUCCCCACCACUGCCCUGCACUCAGAUUCAAACCCAAGUCUGCUUCAGUUUGUCAAAACAAUCACUCUCACAAGCUUUUGAAAACCCCUCUUGCAAUGCAGAGAGGUUUAUAAGUUUAGUGGCUUGACUGAAGCAAUUCAAACGAACAGAGUCGCACCUCUUCCAGGUUAGGUGAUCACAUGGUUAAACAGACCUGAUGUUGGGGGUUAUUGUGGAGCAGGCGCUGCAGAUCCACCAAGAACAAACUUGUUUAUGGUGUUGUGUUGAGUAAAGUGGGGGCUGAAUCUAAAUCUAAGCUCCCAAAUCCUUUUAACCGUCCGCAUGGCUCUAUUUUAGUCACACUGCCUCCCUCAUUGCCUCUCCUUUCAGCAGCCUUGUGGACUUUCUUUGAUGUGAGAAUACUGACUGCAAGAAAAGUCUGUUUGUUAGUAAAACGUGCCAGCGGCACAAACUGCCCGACACGUGGGGUUUUUUUGUUUGUUUGUUUUUUAAACUGGCUGCUGGUAAUUUUAUUUUGGUGUCUCAUCAGUGCCAAGUGUGGUAUCAGUGUCAGAGAAACCAGACUACUUUAAUAAGUGCAGUAUCAGCGUUGUCUUCAAAUAUAUACCCAGUAUUUCCUGGCUACACACUGAAUCUGUACUGUGUUGUCUUAACUUAAACUGAUUUCAGCGAUGAAAUGCAGAGCGUCUUGUCAGCUUUGCAGGUGUGAAAUCCGCAGGGUGAUGCGGCCUUGGCUUUUCUGCUGUAAGCGGAUUUGUUUUUCAUCACUUUGAUCGCACAUCAUACGUAAAUGUGCCGGAUUCUUAUUUAGAAAAUACAAAAUAGUUUCUAAAAAUUCUCCAAUGGUGACUCAUUAUGCUAAAAGUGCAGUCUUUGCUACAAGCACAUGUUUAAUGGACCAAUUUCUGUGUGGAAAUGUGAGUAAAAACAAAACACUGGAAACCUGUCGACUUGGCGUAAAAAGUAAUUUGCUGCGUUUUUUUUUUUCUUUUUUUGUACCUCCAGUGCUUUUAUCCGUCCUUUAUUUGCCAGCUCCCGUCUGCAGUGCUUUAUGUCAGUGUCUGCAGGCUCAGCUCUAAACAUUCAGGGUGAAGAGCAACAGGACAGAGACAGUUUUGUUAGCUUUGACCAAUCUUGUAUGUUACUCCCCUCCUGUCCCCUAAUCAGGGUCGUAACACUGAUAAUGAGAAGUAAAUUAAGUGUCUCGUGUCUUAAUCAAGGCACAAAAUAAGACUUUGUACCCCUCAGCAGUAAAAGCCUGAUGGGACGUUAUCGUCACCCUGCCGGGCAGGCCGGUGGCAUGGACACAGUUUGUGAAUGGAGGAGAACGAAGCAACAUUGAUACCACGGGUGCAUCUUCUGAGAGGUUGAGGGUAACGCUGGCAGCUGUCAUUAUUUUCCUAUAGUGUUAAAAUCUGCACAGUUUUCAGUAAAUUCCCAGCUGCAGACUUCGGUAAAUGAUAAUUCAUUUAAAUACUCGCCUCCAAAAAUCUUCAAAAAAGUCAGAAUUAAACAGGACAGCUGAAAUCUACCAGUUAUAUAUGCAACGAGGCAGUUGAAGUCUGACACCAGGUGUCCUUAGCAAAUUCAAACGGUAGUUUUCAACAGAGGGUUUUGUGCCAAAUUUCUCCAAUUUUAAUCAAUUCAUAGAUUUGAAUAAAUGAUUUUGUUGGAAACUUGGAGCUGCUCUCGAGCAGACUUGCAGCUUUCCCUGUUCUGCACCACACUGGACUCCCAUGUUGGGCCCACAGAGGGCUGGGUUUGGUCCAGCAGAGGGCAGGGAGACACAAGACCUCCGAAUGAUUAAAGAGCUCAAUAAACAGUCACAACAGACUCCAGCCUGAUAUGAUGCACUGUAAUCUGAAUGUGUAGUUGGUGUUUGACAGUGGCUGAUCUGCUGUGUAAGCUUGAUGUUUUAACUAGUUUCUGUAAACAGCCGUUUUUAGUUGAGAGUGAUACUCGAGCAUCCAGAAGAAUUUCACAGGACAGGCAGCAAACAAACAGCAUCAAAGAAAUUGUGUAAUACGUUUAUCAACAUGCUAAUUGCAAAUAAAAUCUACUCAAAAUCAUAAAAACGUAGUUGAUAUUUUGUGACUUUUGACCAAAGAAACCUACGAGAGUAGCUUUGUGCGAUUGAUGCCUGAAAAUCCAGUCCAUCCUAUUUGUCUUACGGUGCUUUGCUGGUUAUAGCAUUUAUGACGAGACCCGGAUUCUUCAUACAGAAAUAAUUAUCCACUAAUCAUUAAUAGGUUUUUAAAAAAUCGAUUGUUACCACCAAUAAUAGGCGGACAGACGUGUUUAAGUCCGCAUGUGUUUGAGAAACGCCCUUUUAUGCCAGUUUUUCAGUUAAGAAAAAAAGUCAACAAGCAGCUGGGCACACAGCGCCAUCAGCAGGCAGUCGGGUCGUCGCACUUUGGCCCAGCAGUGGGCCCGUUUUACAAGCAACUCUUACAGUUUAUGCUAGAGACAAAAUCCAAAUGGUUCCUGAAAGAUGAGAACUGUCCAGCCAAAACUACAAAAUGAAUUCAGGCAUCCUGUUUGAUACUUUAGGUGAUAAAGUUUAAGACUCACUGAGACUUCAGGCCUCUCCAGGUUGAGGGGUUAAACCGUCCAAAACAGGCCACCUUUAAUAAAGACUGAUGAUCUGGAUUAUCUGGUGCUUGGAAAGAUUUCGUUUCGUAGUCAGUGCAGCGCCUCUGCUUUGCUGUCUUCAUUCCUGCAGGAGUGCAAACAUUAAGCGGGUACAACUGAGGCUGUCUGUUAGUUGUUUGGUUCGUCGAUCCUGGAGGGGUCCUGUCUGCACACAGAGGUUCUGUUCAUUGGCUGCUCUUUAAAUGUGACUCAUCUUUUAAUGUUACGGAUGUAAGAAACAUUUACAGGCAAAGUGGGACCUCUGAGGUGUUACAUGAUAAAAAUCACUGAAA